AUGUGCGGUUCUACCUUCCGUAAACCGGGCGCGUUGGCGGUUCAUCUCCGUCUUCGUCAUUGCGGAGCCGUCAACGAUGUGGAUGCCCCUCGUCAUCCCGAAGAGAUACUACGUGCAACGGGAGUUAAUGCAAUCAAGCGCUUUGUGUUGACAGGUGGAUGGCGUAAUGCCAUCUAUUCAAAGGAGCCGGGACGUGCCCAGCCUGAAUCUGUUCUGGGCGUUUUCUGUGAUGCUUUAGAGAACAUCGCCCGCAAAGAUGCCGCAUUCGCAGCGGAGUACGGCACCCAAUUCCACCGAGAUGUCACUAACAGUCUUAACAAUAAGUUGCUCAAGUACCUUGGUGUUCCCAAAAGCCAGCUGGAGGAUGGUUCAUCCCAGCAAACUACGACCAGGCCCUCCCACCUUCAGAAAGGACUGAAGCCCGCGGCCGUAGCCGAACCCGAACCCGAGUCUGAAUCAGAUUACGAGUCCGACUUCGAGUCUGAGUCUGACCCCGAUUCCGAGCCCUUCGCCGAGCCGACCAAGCUAAUCUCUAAACACGAGGCCGGGGAUCAGCAACACAGAAGUUCCUCUGUGGCUCCUUUGGCGAUUGACAUCGUGGCCACUAAUGACAUUGAAUUUGUGUCAGAGCGUACUAUCAAGGUUGAACCCGACGUGAUGGCAGGGCGCAUGAUCAAAACUGAACCCAACGCCAUGUCGGAACUGAUACCCAAAAUUGAAAAUGGUCUCGUGAUUGAUUUGACGUCUGAUGAGCCGGCCGUGAUAGUGGAUCUGUCAACCGGAGACGAACCCGAGUUGGAGGAUGCGAGCUGGCCGGUCGAGGCGGUCACUGAUGUUUUCCCGAUCAGUGUGCCCGAAUUGGAACCGAUGUUGGAACCGAUGCGGGUCUCUCCACCCUAG